AUGGAUGAAUUUGGACCUCCUGUGAAUCAAACAAUGUAUAGAGGCAUCAUUGGGUCGCUGGUUUAUCUUACUGCUAGUCGUCCGGAUAUCAUUUUCAGUGUGGGAUUGUGUGCGAGGUUUCAAUCAAAUCCCAAGGAAUCUCACUUGAAGGCUACCAAAAGAAUACUAAGAUAUCUCAAAGGCACACAGGACCUGGUUCUAUACUAUCCAUCAGGUGACAAUUUUAAUCUAAUUGGGUAUGCUGAUGCAGACUAUGCAGGCUAUCUUGUGGAUAGAAAAAGAACUUUUGGGAUGGCUCACUUCUUGGAAUCAUGUCUUAUCUCUUGGGGUACAAUGAAGCAAAAUUCAGUGGCUCUCUCAAUAGCUAAGGCUGCAUAUGUAGCUGCGGCAUCCUGCUGUGCUCAGCUUCUGUGUAUCAAGCAGCAAUUGGAGGAUUUUGGAGUUCUCACUGAGAGUGUAAACACUCAUGAUAAGGACAGAGGCAGUAGAUACUGUACUGGACUGAUAAAAGAGGAUUGA